AUGGAAGCAACCCCUGAUAAUAGCCUCUUCGAGGACUUGAUGCCUCUAGGAAAUGACUGUGAUGAUCUACUUCAUCCAUAUAUGAGGUCCGGUGAUGGUCUGUUCGCAGAUGCAUCAAUAGACGACCUAGAAGUCGAUCUGAAUGUCAAUAUUGACCCCGGUAUAUACCUUGAUACCUUUCCAGCGGCUCAGUUCAUGUCUUUUGGCGCUAUUCCUGACAUCUACUCUGUGUCUACGCCCUGCUCUGUUUCUACGCCCCAUGUGGUCUCCGAUGGCUUUGGCGAUCAUGAUGAACCGAUUCUAGAUCGCUCCACGCUUCCUGAUCUCUCCACUCCACUAUUCGCUGUCCCGGAUAAAAUCCUCACCCCGUUCCAAACACCACCGCCCCCAACCACAGCAGCGUCUUGUCUCGCACAACAUCACACCCCUUGCAUAAUAACUGCGACGCAGUCCCUUCGCUCACUCCACAUCCCCCAGACCAGUUGCGUCUCCCGCCGAAGCGCUGACAGCCAUGACAGCAGUGGACUAGAGCCCCCACGCAUGUCCGGCUCAGUCCUUAAAAGCAAUAAAGAUGCAGGCAUGUCAGUCUGCCGCAUGCUACAGUGCGCCUGUGCCCUUCGCCCACAGAACCAGAUGAUCCUAGCAAUUAUCUGUUCCCGACUAAUUGCGUGGUACCGCGCGAUGAUCCGCGCGUGCUUUGUGAACGGCCCUAGCAUUUCCUCUGGGCGCAUGAGUAAUGGGUCCGACGAGAACCCUACCUCGUUGGAGAAGGUCGUUCAUCAACCCGUCACUAUCGGAGAUCACUCGGUCGAUGACCAGGCACUGGGAUUGACUAUUCAGGCGCAAGUCACGCUGGGCGAGUUGCAACACAUGCAGCGACUAGUCGAGACUCUGUCGGCACGCAUGCGAGAAACCGCUACCUCAUACCCGAACGUGAUGCAGGGCUUUCGAGCCGACGCCGGGCUCCCGGGCAUCGCGCAUGACAGGCUGGUGGGGCACCUAUUGAUGGAGAUUCAUGCAGCCAAGGCUGAUCUUAUGACGGCUUGGGAAACACCGUGGUCAGGAUAUCCCCUGGCAAAGUGA